CACACACACACAUUCAGACUGGGUGACUCAGCCAUUGUCUGACUCACUAACUGUAGACACGCACACACAUUAACAAAACCCCCCCAAAAAACAAACUCUCGCACACUUCAUUAAGACUACUCCGAGGGAGGUGAAGCGAGUGAAUGAUAGAGAAAAAGAGAGCCGAUCUUCAACAAGUGGUGAAGUACAAAGAACAAGAGAAUACGUUUCCCGCAGCUGUUUUACAGAGGGAGACCAGGAGAGAGGGAGGGAGGGUGUGAGGGAGGAGAAGGAGGGAAGAGGAGGAAAAGAAAGAAGCCAACUCAUCUGACACAACAGUGGGCCAAAGAAAGGGGAAGAGCAGGAGCAGCACUGUCUAGAACGAGUGGAAAGUUGGAGAAGACAAGUAGAAGUGCAAAGAAGACAAGACGGGGGAAAAGAAAAGAGCCUCAGAGUCUGCACAAAGAUUGAACUGGGUGAAAAAAAAGCUGCCACACAAAGUAAGGAAAAGGGGGUUGAAGCAGAUUUGGCCCCAACCCUUAGAGAGAAAACAGGAUGUCGACGCUACCAUCAGAAAACAGCAUUGAAGAGGCCUGCAGUCGCAGCUUCUGGAUGCCUGGGAACUAUCAGCCCACUGUGAAGCGAACAGAAGAUGCCUUCCAGGCCUGUAAUGACAUAGUGGCAUGUUUCCAAGAGAGAGCUCGCGUGGAGAGGCAGUACGCUCAGCAGCUCAGUGAAUGGAGCAACAAGUGGAAGCCAGUAGUGGACUCCAGUCCUUUAUACGGAUCUCUUCUGAAGGCUUGGCAGUGUUUUCUGUCCUCUGCUGACCGGCUGGCCUCUUUACAUGCCUCCAUCUGCCGCUCGUUGGUGUCGGAGGAUGGCGACCGGGUCAGGACCUGGCAGAAAGACACCUUCCACAAGAAGUUAUUUCGAGGCUUUAAGGAGUCCCAGGACAUUGAGACGGGCUUCACACGUGCUCAGAAGCCGUGGGCCAAACGGCUUAAAAAGCUGGAUAAAGCCAGAAGGGCGUACCACAAAGUGAGCCGUAAGGAGCAGGCAGCCAGGGAAAGAGAGGAACACGCUCAGGGGAACCCGGAUGUCGCCAUCGACAAACAGAAGAAGAUCCUGGAGGAGAGAGAGCUGGCUCAACAGGAGGCAGAGAAGGUUCGGGCCCGCUAUGAAAAAGUCCUUGAGGAGGUGAACCGCUACGCUCCACGCUACAUGGAGGAGAUGGAGUCCAUCUUUGACCAAUCGCAGGAUGAGGAGCGCAAGAGGAUUGUCUUCCUCAAGCAGGCCUUCCUCUCCAUCCACAAACACCUGGACAUUACCAACAACGAGAGCGUGAGGGCCGUGUACAAUGAACUCCACAACACACUGAUGGCCAUCGAUGAGCAUGAGGAUCUUCGCUGGUGGAAAAACACCUACGGGCCCGGCAUGCCCACCGACUGGCCUCACUUUCAGGAAUGGACGCCCGAGAAGAAAACCAAAAAAGGGAAGAAAAAAGUAGAAAAGAAAGGAACAAUAGAGAGAAGUGUGAUGAUUGGAGGAGUGAGAGUAAGAGCUCUGUAUGAUUACGUUGGCCAGGAGACAGAUGAGCUGUCAUUUAAAGCAGGUGAGGAGUUUUUGAAGAUCGAGGAUGAGGAUGAUCAGGGCUGGUGUCGGGGAAUGAAGGAUGGCGGGUGUGAGGGGCUUUACCCAGCCAACUAUGUUGAGGUGGUGUAGUGCAUCUAAACAAAAAAUUAAAAGAUCUUGUUACAUCAUGUGCUUCGUUUCAAUGUGGAAGUCUCAACCUGGUUUAACGAUUAAAUGUCAAAAACAUAAAACCAAUGCUGUAAAGAAAAACGCUAAGUAGCUGUUCGCCAAAGAUCUGGUCUGUGUUGAGUGUAUGAACUUAAGCACAGAGGAUAUUUAAGCAUACAGAGAUUUUUUUUUUUUUUUUAACUAUCCAGGUUGUGUAAUCGCUUGAAGGAUUUUGAGAAAUGUUUUAAUAUAUACAGUAUGCAUAGACCACUUGUAUUGAAGCCAUAUAAUAAACAGUGCUUUAAUGAAAACAUGCUCUUAUAUAAUGAGCCAUUUGGUGCUGAAAUUGCAUUACAGGACAGUUAUUUUUCUUAAGCUGUCUUUUUUUUUUUACAUUUUGCACCUCGACACAUUUCUAUUAAAAUGCUCACAAAGCCUCUCAACAUAUGAAGAAAGUGACGCUAAUACUGUGAUUAGAAUUAAUCCAAAACAGAAGUGGAGUCAGCUUUAUGGAAGUAGAUAAUCUGUUUUCUCUUCUGUUUUUUUGUAGUUUAAAAGGAACAAGUCAACACUUGGGAAUAUGGUUGUUUGCUCUCAAAUGCACAAGGAAAUGGGAAGAUUGACAUUAGUUUCAUCUCUGUACAGGGGGAAGUGCUAGCCUAGCAGCAUCAACACACAUUCCAGGAAUGUCUUAUUUUGCAUCUUGUUCACCUAAAGCAACUAAAAUCAAUAUAUUAACACGUGAUGUUAUGACACAUGCGUGAAAGGUUUCUGAACUGCCAAAAUGACCCGGAGACUGCAUGCAACAUCUCAGAUGUCCUUAUGAAGAAAACUUAUGAAGAAACCUUUUUUAUGUUGGAAGAGUCAAUGGUAUAAGGACUCAGAGGUACUUCUAUUAGGGAAACGGUACCCCACUUUAGGUUGUGGGCUUCUUUGCCUCCACUGAAAACAUUAUGCUCUUACAGUAGGGCACCUUGUUGUGCAUUAUCACUGAAGAUAUGUUUUAUGUGACAGCUUUGGAUUGGUUUAUACGAUUCUAUGUUCAUUACGUAAAGAAAAUGCAUUGUAAAUGCAGUCCAUAUCCAGUUAUUUAUUUUUUGUUUUAAAUGGAGCGAGGCUAGGAGCUUCUCCCUGUUUCCAGUCUUUGCACAAAACCAGGAGCCAUUAUCUACCAACAUUUUAAAACAAUCCAAAAUGUUGAUGUCCAAACUUAUCAAAAUUCUUUUGGAUCAUGUUAGCAUCAAGAUGUUUUUCCCAAACAGGGCCCAGGUCGGAACAUGUCCCAGGCGUAAAGCUAUUUCUGCACAGCAUGUUCAGCGAUGAAACUGAUAUUUCUGAUGUUCAUCACAUUCUCAGUUUGACGCCAAACAUUCAUAUUUCUUAGCAUGUCAGACUGUUCCUUUAAGAUAAAUAUGUUCUGAGGAACAUGGUUUUCCUGUCUCUCUGUAAUCAUCUGUAUGUAUGACGCUCAUCAAGAGCAUCUUAACCAAAGUGAGGAAACAGCUUCCAGAAACUGCUGGGAUUGCCUUCCCCUCGUCUUUAGCCGUCUACAUUAUCCGUGUAUGUGCUGCGUGUCUUUGUCAUGUAAAAACUAUGCAUUUGUCCCCGACAAAAUUUUUUAUCAAACCCUCAGCCUUUUGGAAAUAAAAUUUGAAACUGUUAAAGAAA